AUAGUGGAUGAUAAUCAAAAUAGAAUGGAAGAGUAAGAUGGAGGUCAUGGAAAUGGACCAUGGUUCAAAAUGUUGGGUGUAAUCUUGUCAUGAUAAAGAAUCCCCAAAUUUUGCUGUCUCUAGUAUCAUGCAGAGAAAGCCACCAUGUUUUCCUGCGAUAUAUGUUUCGGAGAUGCCAACGGGAAAAAUUAUGGGAAUGAAGAGGAUGCUGAAAUCCACUGGACUUCAACGAUACGUGCUCUCUACCCAACCUCAACUGGCUAUCGAGUUACCGGUGUUGGUCUGUAUCAUUAUGGGCAGGAUAAUCAUGAUUAUGUCUUGAAGCUUCCGGCCGACGAGCAAGGCAGAUUCUUGACAUUAAAAAUACGAAACUAUGAUUACUAUAAAAAGGAUACAUUCCUCUUCCAUGAUGCUUGCUGGACUAUCCUGAAGACCUAUUUCUACAACGUACCCAUACCUUGGAACCGACUGGUAUAUGCGCUUCGGCUGACUUCGAGUCGAAUGGUGCACCAACUGAGGGAUCUAUCUUAUGAUGGCGACCGUGAUAGCCCAAAUGAGCCAAUGUCGGUCAACGAUGUGACAUCCGCAAAGGCAACAAUACCAGCGCCGACUCGUCGAGUGUUAACACGGCGGAGAACCAAGGGUUGCAUUCCAGAUGAUGAGAUAUUCAUGGCCCUUCCUCUAGAAGUCCGACAGGAAAUCGCCGAAUACCUACCAAUGAGAGAUUUCUACAAUCUACGACUCGCCUCACGAACCAUGGGGGAUCUAUUUUUUGAUCGUAGAUUCUGGGCAUCCAAGUUUGUGCUGGGAGGUGAUCGUGACUUCAUCUCUUGUCUGAAAGAAACAACACGCCAACUCAAAGUCAAGACGCACUGGCAGCGCCUCUAUAUUCGCAGUACUUCAUCAAAUCUAUCUCCAUCUUUGUAUCGAAGAAAGACGAUCUGGCAGCGCUGUUGUUGGCUCAGAGAUAUCAGCCUCAUAACGGCUCCAUCUGGUCAUGACUCGUACCAUAAGGAUUUGGUUGAAGCUGACUGGGACUGGAAGGAAGUACAGGCACAAUUGCGCUGUAGUGACGAUCUUCCACUGCCUCAGUAUCCGAAUUAUGUCCAGGUCCGUUGCAAUCAGGGCAUUCGCAUACCGUUAUCCCCAGGGACAAUCGCUGUUUCUGUAAUCAAGGAGAUGCAAAUCACCUACAUCACAGGUCUGCAAUUUAAAACGGAUAAAAGGGUCAUAAGUCUAGGACACCUUGUUCCUGGAGGUGUGACAGCGAAUAGAUAUCACCAUUUUCAGGGAUUUGAGGUGGCUUUGGGAGAGAGGGGUAUUCACGCACUCAAGGUGAUCAACCAUGGAGACACAGCCUCGUUAUGGAUAGGAGAAACCUUGGAGGCCUGCAUCACCCAUCGUCUCAUAAUGCAGCAACGUGUUGAUGUUUUGAAAGCCUGCUUUGAUGAAUAUAAAAUGGUCAAGCUAGCGGUUGGCAGCAAACCCCUACGAGUGGCGAAAAAACAACCACCACCCUCAUGGAUGGACUAUAUGAUGAAAAACGCAUUAUGGUAUCCCAAAAUUGCUUCUGGAAAACUUUGUUUUAAUGAAGAUUCAUUCUCAGGAGGAGACAUCCUCGUACCGGGCUAUCGACCUAUCGUUUGGACUCUUUUCGGGGAUGAAGAUGGGAGUCGCCUUUCCUCUCUCACACAGAUGAUGAUUAUGGUUUACAGAGAACGAUUCUGGAAACUGGUAUUUUUCUAUGGCAGUGAAGUUUCUUUCACUCGUGGAAUCGAUCUUGGUCGUCUCCCAGAUGUCCCUAGAAACAAUGGGCCUGUAAUACGUUUUCCGAUUGAUGGACCUGGGGGCGAAAGAAUCGAUAGCGUGCAGGUGGUGAUCAGAAACAAAUCAUCCAGGAUAUCUUCUCGCUACUUUAGAUCUGGGACUCCUCUGUAUUAUAAGGUACGUUGAUCACAUCGUUGAGUUUGCUCGUCUGAUGUCUUAGUUUUCUACGAA